AUGGACCACAAUGAUUUCGACAGUGUUUCUUGGAGGAAUGACGGAGAUAGCGAUGUCUCGCGACCAGCUACGUCAUAUACAGAUAUCGAUAAUGCUUCCAGUUCGCGGGAUGACCCCAAUGGGAAACGGCGAAUAAGCUCUACGGGGGAUGAAGUACUCUCUCCAGUGCAAGAUGGCGCAUUUGCCGCUGCGUUGGAUAAUGGUAUGCUUGAAUGCACAGUAGACACACCUCUGAAGGAGAACGAAGGUACAAAAGAUGUCUAUGUUUCCUACCUAGUAUCAACUCACACCAAUUUCAAAUCCUUCCAAAAAACCGAUUUCAGCGUUCGACGGCGCUUCACUGACUUCUACUUUCUUUACAAUACGUUGUUUCGGGAGUAUCCUGCUUGCGCCAUUCCUCCGCUGCCAGAUAAACAUAAGAUGGAAUAUGUACGCGGUGACCGAUUUGGUACCGAGUUCACUCAGCGCCGUGCUUGGUCCCUCCACCGUUUUAUCAAGAGAAUUACCCUCCACCCCGUUCUCCGCCGAGCUCCAAUCUUGGUCACCUUCCUUGAAUCCGGAGAAUGGAACCAACACAUGCGGAUGCGCCCAUCCCGUAGCGCUACAAAUGCAUCAGAUGGCGGAAGUAAUAUCUUCGACAAUUUUGCAGAUACGUUCGUGAACGCAUUUACCAAGGUUCAUAAGCCAGAUAAACGCUUUACGGAAGUAAGAGAAAAGGCAGAUAAACUGGACGAGGAUCUUGGCCACGUUGAGAAAAUCGUUGCGCGGGUUGCAAGGCGUGAAAGCGACUUGGAGGCUGACUACGCCGAACUUGCUGUGCAAUUCCGCAAACUUGUCCCCCUAGAACCUGAGCUAGAGGUCCCGCUACAAAUUUUUGCUGGAUGCGUAGAGGAAACGUCCUACGGUAUUCAAGAUCUGAAGGAACAUACAGAUCAAAACUACCUAGGUAGUCUUCGAGAUAUGGAGGCCUAUAUCUUAUCUCUCAAAUCGCUGCUCAAAACGAGAGAGCAGAAGCAACUUGACCAUGAAGCGUUGAUCGAUUAUCUUAACAAAGCCGUGGCGGAGCGCGACAAUCUGACCAACAACCCAUCCUCAUACUACGCCACAAACCCGUUAACAAGUAGCCCUGCUUCUUUCAUCCGAUCGAAGAUGGAAGAUAUCAGGGGCGUUGAUCACGAACAAUCGCGCCGAGAGAAGGUCCGAAAACUGGAACUUCGAAUUGACGAAUUAACCCGUGAAGUGGAAAGUGCCAAAACAACUUCUGAGAUGUUCGAUGAGGAAGUUGUACGUGAAGUUUCCGACUUUGAACGUAUCAAAGCAAUCGAGUUUCGCGAUACGCUGGGCGCAAUGACACAGAAGCACGUCGAUUUCUACCAAGGGGUCCUAGCCACUUGGGAACGGUUCAUUGUGGAGAUGGAAGCCGAUGGAGAUGAUGUGGGCGGAAAGCAUGAUGUGAAAGCAAAGAAGCCUCAGGUUGGACCUGCAUGA